AUUUUCAUUGUUGUUCGGUGUACGCUGUUAUGCAAGACGAGACUGAAUUUGAUGUAGUUUUAGACUGCUGUUGACUUUCAAAAGCCCAACUCCUGUGUCUUUGAUGUCCCACUAAAGAGUCGGAUAAGCAUACAUUGUGGAUACCAACGGGAACUGGUCGUGGUGGCCGUCCUGGAGGCCAACAUCCAUGUCCCUCCUGAAGACUGCAGAGUCCAAGAUCCUUGCCUGCUUGCGUAAUGAUGUUUGGGCCCGCUUUGUAACUCUCCCUGACCACAACCGAAUAUGGACCCUCACUGUCACCAGCAAAACAGCCCGUCGGACCUCAGAGCAAGCCACCAAAACCCCUCUGGUGAUGGUGCAUGGCUUCGGUGGUGGCGUGGGUCUGUGGAUCCGUAACUUGGACCCAUUGAGCCGCUCGCGGGCCGUCCACGCUUUCGACCUGUUGGGGUUUGGCCGCAGCUCACGGCCAGGCUUCCCCACGGAUGCCGAGCUGGCCGAGGAGCAGUCGGUCACCUCCAUCGAGCAGUGGAGGGAGGCGAUGGGCUUGGAACGCAUGAUCCUGCUCGGGCACAGUCUCGGGGGCUACCUGGCCUCCUCGUACGCCAUACGCUACCCUGACAGAGUGGCCCACCUGAUCCUGGUAGACCCGUGGGGCUUCCCUGAGCGGCCGCAGCCUGAGGCGAAUGAAAACGCAGGGCAGAGUGUGGAGGUGAAGAGGACAGCCCCGCCUCGCUGGGUCAAGGCUGUCGCCUCGGUGUUCAGUCUCUUCAAUCCUCUGGCUGUCAUCAGAGCCGCAGGACCUUGGGGACCAGGUUUGGUAUCGAGGUUUCGUCCUGACUUCAAGCGAAAAUUUGAGGAUCUUUUUGAUGACAAUACUAUGACUGAAUACCUCUAUCACUGUAAUGCCCAGACCCCAAGUGGGGAGGUGGGCUUCAGGGCCAUGACGGAGACCAUGGCCUGGGCCAAGAGGCCCAUGCUGCAGCGCGUCCACCUGCUCCCGCCCUCGCUGGCCGUCACCAUGCUGUACGGAGCGCGCUCCUGGGUGGACAGCUCCUCUGGGGACCGCGUGGUCCAGAUCCGGGGGCAGAGCCCCACGCGCGUCAUGGUGAUACCCAAUGCCUCUCAUCAUGUCUAUGCGGACCAGUAUGAAGACUUCAAUAGUGUAGUGCAGAGGCUCUGUGAUACUGUAGACUGAAGUGUGUGUGUGUGUGUGUGUGUGUUCAUGCUCCCAUGCAAGUUCAUGAGAGAGAGUGUUCAUGUGUUAAGUUUGGCCUUAAUGCCAGUUGCCAAACGUCUGAUUGGACGUACUGUGGUUGAGUUGUAUGAAUGAAUUAGGUCAUACCCUAGCUGAGUGAUUUGGUUCCUGCUCUAUGACUGGCUAAUAACUGUAUUUUGGGUGUGCUGGGUCCUUUUAACUGUCUAAUAGGAUGGUCCUACCUUCCAUAGAUGCACAUAUCUCAUGUCUGAAGAAGUCUCUGUUUUACACUAAGAUAUUAACCACAGGACACAUGGUGCUUAUUUAUACAUAGACUGGCACUGAAGGAUGUAUAAGCUCUGUGCCAAUCAGUGCAAACCAUUGUGCGCAUGCUUCACAUUUUGUUACCUGAAUGUAAGUUGGAUAUUCUUGAAGACCCAUUUCUUCUAGGUUCUUGGACUAUCAUAUUUAAUUUGUAAACAUCCAUGUAUUUUAUUACACACAAUUGCAAUAAAAGUUUGUA